GCGUAGGCAGGAACGGAUUGCGGCUGUGUGAAUGAAUAGUGUAGUCCCCCACCCCAGAAAAGGAGAGGGAAAAGGGUCAAAAACAUUUUAUUUUAUGUUCAACAAUAGCAACACCAUUUUAGGGGCGAAAUUCACACACACCACACACACUUGACGCAUGUUUCUGCAGCAGUGGUGAGAGGAUGAGUAAGCUAAACACAUCGAGCUCCGAAUUGGAUUUGGAUCGCCCUAACAUCGAGGACUAUCUUCCAUCCGGAUCCAUUCAAGAGCCCCACGGCGAGCUCCGUUUGCGCGAUUUGCUCGAUAUUUCGCCAACUCUGACCGAGGCAGCUGGCGCUAUUGUCGAUGAUUCUUUCACGAGAUGCUUCAAGUCAAAUCCCCCCGAACCAUGGAACUGGAAUAUAUACUUGUUUCCUUUGUGGUGCUUGGGAGUUGUUGUGCGAUAUAUGAUUCUGUUCCCUACAAGGGUAAUAGUGUUGACUUUAGGAUGGAUUGUAUUUCUCUCUUGCUAUUUUCCUGUGCAUUUCCUGUUAAAAGGGCACGAGAAGUUGAGAAAAAGAUUAGAGCGAGGUCUUGUGGAGCUGAUUUGCAGCUUCUUUGUGGCAUCAUGGACUGGAGUUGUCAAGUACCAUGGUCCACGUCCUAGCAUGCGGCCUAAGCAGGUUUUUGUUGCUAAUCACACAUCCAUGAUUGACUUCAUCGUUUUGGAACAAAUGACUGCAUUUGCAGUGAUUAUGCAGAAGCAUCCUGGGUGGGUUGGACUAUUGCAGAGCACUAUUCUGGAAAGUCUAGGGUGUAUCUGGUUUAACCGCUCAGAGUCCAAGGAUCGUGAAAUUGUUGCAAGAAAGCUAAGGGAACAUGUCCAUGGUGCUGACAAUAAUCCUCUUCUUAUAUUCCCAGAAGGAACUUGUGUGAAUAAUCACUACACUGUGAUGUUUAAGAAGGGUGCAUUUGAACUUGGCUGCACUGUCUGUCCAAUUGCAAUCAAGUAUAACAAGAUUUUUGUGGAUGCCUUCUGGAACAGCCGAAAGCAAUCCUUCACAACACACUUGUUACAGCUUAUGACAUCGUGGGCUGUUGUUUGUGAUGUAUGGUACCUGGAGCCUCAAAAUCUGAAACCAGGGGAAACACCAAUUGAAUUUGCUGAAAGGGUGAGGGACAUUAUUUCUGUUCGAGCUGGCCUUAAAAAGGUGCCCUGGGAUGGAUACUUGAAAUAUUCUCGCCCAAGCCCCAAGCAUCGUGAGCGCAAGCAACAAAGCUUUGCUGAGUUCAUUCUCCGUCGCCUGGAAGAGAAAUAGAUUGUGAAAAUAUAAUUUUGUUGUUUAUUGUCUUUAUUUGGAUGCAGGUUGUCAGCUGUUUCAAAAAUAAUGUCUUGCUGUAAUGGUGUCUUUCAUGACCUCAACUGAAAUAGUGGAGUCUUUUGAUUAUUCUAGAAAGUUGAAUAGAAGUUAAUUCCUAGAUUUUUCUUUUCUUUCUUUUUUUUUUUCUUUUUUUUUGGGGGGGGGGGGGGGGGGGGGGUAGAGGGUGCAAAACGGUGUAUAUAUAUCGUUUGCUUUUGUGCUCAAUCAUGGUUGGUUGCAGCACAAGAUCAAGAGCAUUGAAGACAUUAAACUUGACAGGCAAUCGUUGUUGGUAACUUUUUUUUUUUGGAGAGCAUUGAGGAAGAGUUUUGAGAGUGAUAUUGGCAUGUUUUUCUGUUUGAGCAUUGAACAUUGAGGCAUUUACAUUUUAUGAUUGAUACGAUAUAUGAUUAAUUAUUUUUA